ACACACACACACACACACACAUCUUUCUUAACCCCUACACCAGACAGAGGAGCAAACCCAUCAUCAGGACAGUGGGACACAUCUGGGGCUACAGACCAGCUGCAUCAAGGAAAAGAAAACUGUGCUUUAGGCUCACACUCUCAUUGGCAUUCCUGGUCUUCAUUGGGCACAAGGAGGAGGAAGAGAAUCCCAGAGUCUUAGCACAGUUCCUGCCCCAACCUGUGAUGGCGUGUUCUCGGUCAUGUUCCCGCAUCCUGGGGGUCAGCCUUGGCCUCUCAGCCCUAUUUGCUGCUGGGGCCAACCUUGCUCUAUUCUUUCCUGACUGGGAAGUGACCUCUCUGAGGAAUGGCCUUAUAGGCAAGCAUGCUUUGAGGGGCUCAGGCCUUUGGGGAGGGGGCCUAAUGGUGUUCUUGGCAUCUAUUCUCAUCUCGCUGGUAGGCUGGCGCCAGGGCUGCUUCAGGAACAGUGGGGCCUGCAAAAGCAUGCUUGUUUCUCUGCUGGCGAGUUGCCUGGCUUUUUUUGGAGCCUUUGUUUGCUUUAUCACAUCUGGUGCGGCCCUGAAGAAUGGCCCUUUCUGCAUGUUUGAUGUUUCCUGGUCCAAUGAGACACAAGCCUCCAAGUACGGCUAUCCAUUUCAAGACUUGACCGACAGGAAUUACCUUUAUGACCGUUUUCUUUGGGAUUCAGUCUGUCUCGAGCCUUCGAGAGCUGUCAUCUGGCAUGUAACUUUCUUCUCCACACUCCUGGGUGUCAGCGUCCUCCAGAUUAUGCUGGUAUUAGUCCAAGUAAUCAACAGCUUCUUGGGCUUCUUUUGUGGCUUCUUUGAGAAGAGAGAGGUAAUUUCUGUUUUGGGUGCCUCUAGAGCAAAAUGGGUCUUAGUGUCCCCUAGGAUUCCUCCUUAGAAUUCUUGAGCUAACAUUUACUUAAGAGUUUAAUGUUUGCAAAAGGGGUUUGUAUAUAUUAUCUUAUUUAAGACUUUCAAAACUCCGUGAGAUAGGUGCUAUUGUUAUCCCCAUUUCACAUGUAAGGAAACUAAGCUUGAAAUAGGUUAAGUGAUUUACCUAGGGUCCUGGUUAUUAUGUGAGGGGAUUGAUUUGAAGUCAGGUGCUCCUGGGUCCAAGCCCAGCACUCCAUCCCUUAUAUCACCUAUGGUUGAUCUAGAAGAUAGAGACAGAGAGUCCAAACAGUUAGGAACUGGAGCUGAAUAUAGAUAAAGGAUUGUGUGUAUGUGGAGGGAAGAGCACUCUAAAGAUGUUCAAGGACUAGGGAGGCAAAGCACAUAGAUGGAGAAAAAUAAAGGAGAAGAAAGUCCUAGAAAUAAUGUUAGGGUAGAAGAGAAUGCCAAAAAGAAAGAUUUCUGGACAAUUCCACUUAUUUUAGUAUAUGUACUGCCAAAGCAAGCCCCCAUUUAUUUUAGGAGAGAUAGUUCAGAUGCAAUUUAGUUGCUAGCAAGAUGUCUCUGGGGGAUUUUCAGUUAGGAUGACUUAAAGGAAAUUGUGGCUAAACAAUUGAAAAAAUGUCACUUGCUCAUGGAUAGGUCUAACCAACAUGAUAAAAAUGACAAUUCUACAUAAAUCAAUCUACCUGUUCAGUGCCAUACCAAUCAAACUACCAAAAGUUAUUUCAUAGAGCUAGAAAAAUAAUAACAAAUUUCAUCUGGAAGAACAAAAUUUUAAGAAUAUCAAGGGAAGGAGGUCCUAGGUUAAAAUCUCGCUUUGUAUACUUCCUAGCUGUAUGACCCUGGGCAAGUUAUUUAAUUCUAAUGAUCUAGCCCUUAUCACUCUUUUGCUUUGGAACCAAUAUUUGAUAUUGAUUUUAAGAUGAAAGGGAAAGGUAUAAAAAAAAAUCUGGUAUUAGC